GCGGUUUCACGGUGGCGGGAGGCGGGACGGCGACGGCGCUGGGUCCGGCCUGUGGCUCUGCUCGGUCCGGGUCAUGGAGGCGCCCCUCGCCCGCCUGCUCCUGCUCCUGCUGCUCGGGGCCUGGACCCCCGCGCCGGGCAGCGCCUCCUCGGAGGCAGCGCCGCUGGUCAACGAGGACGUGAAGCGCACGGUGGAUCUGAGCAGCCACCUGGCCAAGGUGACGGCCGAGGUGGUCCUGGUACACCCGGGCGGCGGCUCCACGUCCCGUGCCAGCUCCUUCCUCCUGGCGGUGGAGCCCGAGCUCGAAGCCCGGCUUGCGCACGUCGGCGUGCAGCUGAAAAGUGAAGAUGAAGAAGAGAACAAUCUGGAAGUACGAGAAACCAAAAUUAAGGGUAAAAGUGGGAAAUUCUUCACAGUCAAGCUCCUCUCUGCUCUGGAUCCUGGAGCCAAGAUCACAGUCAUUGUGGAAACAGUCUAUACCCACGUGCUGCAGCCAUACCCAACCCAGAUCACCCAAUCAGAGAAACAGUUUGUGGUGUUCGAGGGGAACCAUUACUUCUACUCUCCGUAUCCAACGAAGACACAAACCAUGCGCGUGAAGCUUGCCUCCCGAAAUGUGGAGAGCUACACCAAGCUAGGAAACCCCACGCGCUCUGAGGACCUCCUGGAUUAUGGGCCAUUCAAAGACAUCCCUGCCUAUAGUCAGGAUAUUUUUAAAGUGCAUUAUGAGAACAACAGCCCUUUCCUGACCAUCACCAGCAUGAGUCGAGUCAUUGAAGUCUCUCACUGGGGUAAUAUAGCUGUGGAAGAGAAUGUGGACUUGAAGCACACAGGGGCUGUGCUUAAGGGACCUUUUUCGCGCUAUGAUUACCAGAGACAGCCAGAUAGUGGAAUAUCCUCCAUCCGGUCUUUUAAGACCAUCCUUCCUGCUGCUGCCCAGGAUGUUUACUAUCGAGAUGAGAUUGGCAAUGUUUCCACCAGCCACCUCCUCAUUUUGGACGACUCUGUGGAGAUGGAAGUCCGUCCUCGCUUCCCACUGUUUGGUGGCUGGAAGACCCAUUACAUUGUUGGCUACAACCUCCCAAGCUAUGAGUACCUCUAUAAUUUGGGUGACCAGUACGCCCUGAAGAUGAGGUUUGUGGACCACGUGUUUGAUGAGCAAGUGAUAGAUUCUCUGACAGUGAAGAUCAUCUUGCCUGAAGGGGCCAAGAACAUACAAGUUGACAGUCCCUAUGAGAUCGGCCGUGCCCCAAACGAGCUGCACUAUACCUACCUGGAUACAUUUGGCCGGCCGGUGAUUGUUGCCUACAAGAAAAACAUGGUGGAACAGCACAUUCAGGACAUCGUGGUCCACUACACGUUCAACAAGGUCCUCAUGCUGCAGGAGCCCCUGUUGGUGGUGGCUGCUUUCUAUAUCCUGUUCUUCACCGUCAUCAUCUACGUCAGGCUGGACUUUUCCAUCACAAAGGAUCCGGCCGCUGAAGCCAGGAUGAAGGUGGCCUGCAUCACAGAGCAGGUCUUGACCCUGGUCAACAAGAGAAUAGGUCUCUACCGUCACUUUGACGAGACCGUCAAUAGGUACAAGCAGUCCCGGGACAUCUCCACCCUCAACGGUGGGAAGAAGAGCCUGGAGUCUGAACACAAGGCCUUGACCAGUGAGAUCGCACUGCUGCAGUCCAGGCUGAAGACAGAGGGCUCGGAUCUCUGUGACAAAGUUAGCGAAAUGCAGAAGCUGGAUUCCCAGGUCAAGGAGCUGGUGCUGAAGUCGGCGGUGGAAGCUGAGCGGCUGGUGGCAGGCAAGCUCAAGAAAGAUACGUACAUCGAGAAUGAGAAGCUAAUCUCGGGAAAGCGACAGGAGCUGGUCACCAAGAUCGACCACAUCCUGGAUGCCCUGUAGUCUCAGAAUGUCCGUUGUCCUCAGGGUGGGCCCCGAGGUGAAGCAGGAUGGGGUGGGGGAGGAGUUGAGCAUGGAGGCCAGGGAAAGCUGGUACCUGCAGCUUGCAAAAAGGCCCUUCCGGAGGCAAAGCUAGGCCCUGCCUCAGACAGCAUAAGACACUUAGCUCUUGUUCCUAAACCUUUCCUUCCCCCCCUUUUUUUUUGUAACUUAAAAAAAUAAACAAAAAACAAAUCCCUUUAAAAACAGAAUACCUUUGGUUUUGAACAAAGGAAUUUUCAAUAGUUGAUUGGUAUUGUUUUUUUCUGGAGCCUAGGAUAUUCUUUCAGCCUAUUGAGCCCCUUGUUUUAUAGCCUUCCAACUCCUGAUGUUUGGGUAUUUUGUUAGUGUGUGUGAUUUUUUUUAAAAGCAUGUGAGAUAAAAUGAAAAUAAAGUGGGGACUGUGAACAUUUGCUGAA